CUCAUGCUGGCCGCGCAGCCAAGAGGCAUCAGGAAAUUCCCUGGAUAUUGUAACUCGUGACAGCAACUUCUAAUUAAUCAUCAACUUGUAACAUGAGCCGGGCCCAUAACAAGGGACCAGUGGAGACUUCAGAAACCUGUCUCCUGGCUUCUUCAGACAACACCUUCCAGACCCAAUGGGGGCCCAGCUCUGUUCCCAGGCUGGCGCGGACGCUGAGCUGCCCCGGGAGACCCUGCGCUUCCACGCCGAGGCCAAGGGCGCGCAGGUGCUGCUGGACGCCACGCGGAGCACGGCGCGCCGGCUCGCCACCUUCCACGACGGCAUCGUGUUCAGCCAGCGGCCCGUGCGGCGCGGGGAGCGCGUGGCCCUGCGCGUGCUGGGGCACGAGGGCGGCUGGUGCGGCGGCCUCCGCGUGGGCUUCACGCGCCUGAACCCCGCGCGCGUGCGGGCGCCCAGCCUGCCUCCCUUCGUGUGCCCCGACCUGGAGCUGCAGAGCCCGACGUGGGCGGCGGUGCUGCCGGACGGCUGCGCGCUGGCGGGGGACGUGGUCCGCUUCUGGGUGAGCCGCCGCGGCCGGCUCUGCGCGCGGGUCAACGCGGGCCCGCGGCUGCGGCUGCGCAAGGGCGUGCCCAUGGGCGCCCCGCUCUGGGCCGUGAUGGACGUGUACGGGACCACCAAGGCGAUCGAGCUGCUGGAUCCCGCGGUCAGCGCCUCCCCCCCAGCCUCGCCCUGGGCCCUCCCGCAGGAGACUCACCGGGACCUUGAAGCCCCAGCAGGAAAGGAGUGUGCCGUCUGCCUCCACCAUGCUGCCAACACCUGCCUUGUGCCCUGCGGCCACACACACUUCUGCAGCUACUGCGCCUGGCGGGUCUUCGGGGACACAGCCAAGUGUCCCAUGUGUCGCUGGGAGAUCCAGGCAGUGGUCCCUGCGUGGGGCCCUCCAGCUCUGAGAACUGAAGAAGACCUCCCGGUGUGAGCGGAGGCUGGGCUGGCUCUGAACGGACCCCGCAGGGGAGAGGGGCAGCGCCCUCCUUCUGGUUGGUAACAAGCACAGCCGAGAGGGAGGUGGGCACGGUGGCUCUUCCCUUUCUCCACGGGUUAGGCCGGUGGGACGCGGAGGAGCCCCCGACCAGAAUUUCUCCCUGACGGGAGCCUGGUGUAUGUAGACCGUGGCUCGACCAUGGCCAGCGGGCUGAUGGUCCCUCUGCUUAGUUCCAGGUUCUGUUGUGCCUGGGCCUUGCCAAAGCUUUUGGCCACUUGGCACAGCCGGACUGACCUAGCCACCCCUGCACGCAUAAGACCAGGGUUCUUGGGACGCCAAGAAGCCACACGUGUUGAUGAGGAGGAUCUUUGUUCAGAGAUGGGUGGCCGGGCCCCUGGUGUGAGGGCUGAGGAAGUUCAUGUAGGUGCGUGUGCCUACGGCAGCCCUGCCCAGGGGGGAUUGAGGAGCAGGGAGGCAUCUGGGUGGAGUGUUUACAUCCCGGUGGGAGCCGGGUGGCCGCCGACAAUCCCUCAGUGAAGUGGGUCAGUGGUUCCCCGUUGCAGUGUGGCUGUGAGGACCCAGCGAGAUCACAUCUGAAGAUGAGUCAGCGCACGAGAGAGCACUGUUGUCAUUGUGCUUAUUCCUUUGCUAAUUUCCGAGCCAUCGAAAUAAA